AUGAUCAUCUGGGGUUUCAAGGUCCCGCUGCUCCUCUACGACGUCCAUUACAUGGCCAAGGUGUGCUCCAUCUUGGCGGCAUUAUUCAUAAUUGCAUGGUUGAAUUUUGAUCAAAGUGUGGAAGCCAGGCCCCACUUGCGGGGUGGAAAGAUAUUCUUGGGGACUCUUUCUUCCUCGCUUUAG